AUGUGUCAGGCAUUUCCCUCCAGGUUCGACGCGCUUUUCAGCCUCUAUAAGAAGGGGCUCAACUCGAGUUCCAAUGUCGUUCUUCUUCUGCUACGGUUCUUCAAGCAUCUACUUCCUCUGGGUUCACUUGAUCAACGGGAAGCUCCCUCCAAAAAGAUGUCGCAGAAGAGCUCGGCAGAUGCCUCGGACAUCGAGUCUCAGCAGGAGAGCCUCCUCAACGAUGCCGGCGGAGCCCCAGGGAGGCGGUGGCGAUGGGCCUUCCAGUUCCUGAAGGCAAAUCCAAUUCUCAUUUCGACAGCAAAUGACCCUGAGAUUAAGGCAUGUGCAGUUGAAGAUGGAGAUGUCGAGUCGCAGCAACCGGUUCUCCACGAUGCUGGCAAAACCCUGAGGAGGUGGUGGCGUUCGGUCUCCUUGGUCUUCAAGUUUCUCCGGGUCGUUUCAACAGCAGAUAAAACCGGGAUGGAGACACGGCUUGGAAAGUUCACCAAUCUCCGACCGAUCCUUCAUGUGAUGGCGACAUCAAAUGACACUGAGAUUAAGGCAUGUGCAGUUGAAGAUCGAGAUGUCGAGUCGCAGCAACCGGUUCUCCACGAUGCUGGCAAAACCCUGAGGAGGUGGUGGCGUUCGGUCUCCUUGGUCUUCAAGUUUCUCCGGGUAGUUUCGACAGCAGAUAAAACCGGGAUGGAGACACAGCUUGGAAAGUCCACCAACCUCCGACCGAUCCUUCAUGUGAUGGCGACAUCAAAUGACACUGAGAUUAAGGCAUGUGCAGUUGAAGAUCGAGAUGUCGAGUCGCAGCAACCGGUUCUCCACGAUGCUGGCAAAACCCUGAGGAGGUGGUGGCGUUCGGUCUCCUUGGUCUUCAAGUUUCUCCGGGUAGUUUCGACAGCAGAUAAAACCGGGAUGGAGACACAGCUUGGAAUCACAGUACCUAAUACCAGGGAACCAGAGCCCACACAUGAGUUGCUCAUCGAUAAUGGGCGCAACAUUCACGAAGCUACUGAUUUGGUGCUCCAAAUUGAAAACGUUGCUAGGAUGAUAAUGGAGAAGGAUUUGACUAGCUUACAAGCCUUUGGAGGUGUCCAAGGGAUAGCUGAGGCUCUCAACAGUGAUAUGGUCAACGGAAUUCCAGGUCAUAAGGAGGACCUCCUUCGCCUUCGCCGACACGCUACAAUCCUUAAACCCGAGUUGGAGGCUCAUAACAGAAGGUUCGUCCACUUCCUCGGGAAAUCUUGCAAUAGUUGCACCAUUUUGCUUCUCCUGAUUUUGGCCAUUCUGUCGUCGGCCUUUGGGAUCAAAGAGAAAGGACUGAGAACGGGUUGGUAUGAAGGCGCUCUUACACUAGGUGCCGUCAUUCUGAUCGUGACGGUCCAUUCAGUUUGUGAAUAUCGGAAUGAAAGUUCGCGUCAGCUGUCGAGAAACCAUCCUUGGCAAAAUCAGAAACUGGAAGUUCGUGUUGUAAGAGGUGGAAACCGUCAAACUAUUUGCAUCUCCGAUGUCCUCUUGGGAGAUAUUGUGCUAUUAGAGAAGGGAGACCAAGUUCCUGCAGAUGGUUUGCUCGUACCCCCUGGAUCCUUGGAAGUGAGUGAUAAAGCUGAUGCCAUCAUCGAUGAUCAUAAUCCAUUCUUGUUUUGUGGUUCCAAAGUAAUUGAUGGUGCUGGCCAAAUGCUGGUGACCUCAGUCGGUGCCGAGACAGAGUUGGGCAUUAUGUCGAGGAGAGCCCAAACUUUAAAAAGGACACCAGUAGAGAAGCAACUCAACAAGCUGAGCACCAUGAAACAAAUAAUUGGUGUUGUCAUCUCAAUGAUCAUCACCGUGGUGUUGUUUUUGCGGUUCAAUCUCAAGAAGGAACAUCAAAACUCAGGCCUGCCGGACUUCUCAGGGAAGCCACCUUCUCUGAAGGCAUUAAUUGAAGCUAUAAAAAGAGUUGCUCUGAGACCAAGCGGGAUGUUGAAUAUGUUGACUUCAUUCAUUUUGCUACUAGUUGGAAUAGCUGAAGGACUACCAUUAGCAAUCACCAUUGCCAUCACUUGCUGGAACAAGAGGAUGCUAGGUGACAGGACCUUUGCUCAAGAACCAUCCAUUACAGUCACCAUGGCAUCAGUCACAGUUAUCUGCACUGACAGAGCAGAGGGACUACCAUUGACGCCACAAGAAGUGGAAAGGUGCUGGAUUGGUAAAGAAGUUAUCAGUGAAGAUUCCAAGGUACCGAGUCAUGUUUGGGAAGCACUUUGCGAUGGAAUUGGCAUAUCGUCUUUACUAGCAGAGAACAGCCAAUCCUCAAUGGAUAACUCAAUCCUUUCUUGGGCCGCAGAGAAAUGGGGACUGAAAACGGAAACCUGGGAGCAACUUCACAGUAUCGUUAAGUUUGAACAGCCAACCCACAACAAGAACAUAGUUGCAGCAUUGCUUGGAAAGGAUGGAGGUAACGGGCCUAGGUUCUUGCACUUCAGGGGACCUGCAACACUAAUAGUAGACAUGUGUUCACAAUUUUAUGACAUUGAAGGGAUACCAAGGUCCAUGGAUAUAAGUGAGAAGACGAUUUUUGGAGACAUCAUUGAGCAAAUGCUGUCAAACGGUCUUGAAUCCAUCGCAUUUGCUUGUAAGCAAGUUGAUGACUCCAGGUUUGAUGAAGGCAAUCUAACGAUGCUGGGACUAUUGGGGCUGAACAAGACUAGCAGGGAAGAUACAAGAGAGGUGAUAAAUAAAUGUAGAGAAGCCGGAAUCAAAGUACUAUUAGUAUCGAGUGAGAAGGUUUCGAUGCUUCAGAGCAUUGCUGCAGAGAUUGAAGUGAUACCGCCUGAUUCAGAUGCACAGGUCAUCACAGGUGAAAGUUUUCGGAAUAGCACUGUGGAACAGAGGAUGGACAUGGCAGCUAGAAUUUCUGUGAUGGGAAACUCCCUCCCAUCAGAUCGGCUUCUUCUGGUGAAUUGCUUGAAAGAUCAAGGACACACAGUUGCAGUGGUGGGAAACAGAACAAAUGACAUUCCCAUGCUAAAAGCUGCUGAUGUGGGACUCACAUUUGGUACUUGGAGCGCUGAGAUUGCAAGAAAGAGCGCCGACAUCGUCAUCACGGAAGGCAAUUUCUCAUCCAUCUGGGCCAUAAUGGAGUGUGGAAGAUGCAUAUACAGUAAUAUGCGAAAGUACAUUCAAUUUCAGCUGACUAUGACCUUUGCCGGGUUGUUGAUACAGUUAAUCACGGUUGCCUGCCAUGGAAGUUCGCCUAUAACGACGGUUCAGUUGAACUGGGCAAUCUCAGUUUUGACUCUUCUAGGUGGUCUGGCUCUUUUGAUGGAGCCACCUGGUGAUAUGCUCAUGAAGAAAUUCACAGCUGGAGCACAUAAACAACUCAUUACCAAGGCCAUGUGGGUGAAUAUUUUCAUACAAUCAGCUUACCAGGCAUCUCUUUUGGCAACCAUACAAUCUAAAGGGCCUACAAUGCUCAGGCUUAACAAGAAGGUAUUCAACAUGUUCAAUGCCCGAGAGCCCGAGAAGAAGAACAUAUUCAGAGGGGUCCAACGCGGUAAAUGGUUCUGGGUGGGUGUAGUUGCGGCUUUGUUGUUGCAGGUCGAAUAUCUCGAGACAGCACAUCGCAUUGCAGGUGAUUCAAGAUUGACAUGCACAGAAUGGGGAAUAUGUCUGUUUGUUGGGAUAACCACAUGGUGCAUUGACUUAGCUGGAAAGUGCAUACUCCUCAUGAUUAAGAAGUGGGUGACAAAGCCACCAGGUUCAGUUGUCGGAGAUAACUGA